GUCCUCCCUCCCUCUCCUUCCUCCUCCUCCUCCUCCUCCUCCUCACCGGCUCUUGCCUUCUCCACCUCCCCGCCGCUCUCAGUUCUCGUCGUACCGAGCCCUCGGGUGUUAACCGGUGGCAACGGUGGCAUAGGAACCGGACCCCCACACACACCCCCCUACCUCCUUCCACCGCAACAUCUCCGGUAGCUUCCCCCUUCCCCCCUCCUCCCCCCUCGGUAACGCUCGGUCGAGACCAUGGACCCCAAGGACCGUAAGAAGAUUCAGUUCUCGGUGCCAGCACCCCCCAGCCAACUGGACCCCCGCGCCGUGGAGAUGAUCCGGCGGCGGAGGCCCACACCUGCCAUGCUCUUCCAGCUCUCCGAACACUCCUCCCCAGAGGAUGAGAACCUGCCCUACCAGCGCUCCGGCGAGGGCUGCCUGCUCAAACCAAAGAGGACCAACCCGUGUGCCUACACCCCGCCCUCGCUCAAAGCGGUGCAGCGCAUCGUCCAGUCCCACCUGGAGAGUGGCAUGUCCGGGGGCGACAGCUCCGACGGGGAGGCUGACGAUGGGGACAGCGAACUGGCCCGCGGCUGUGACCCCGACAGUGCCCUCGAGUCUGAAACCCCAGGGAGCCAGGCCAGAGCCGAGAGGAGCUACUUCCCUGCUGGCCUCAAGGCACACAAGAGGAAAGGCGGGCAGAAGGUGUCCUUCGCCGGCGGCAUCGACGAGCGCGGAGAGGACCUGAAGUCGCUGAUGGUGUCCGAGAUCCCCGAGGAUCCCGAGGGACUGGAGGAGGAGGAGGAAGAGGAGGAGGAGCAGGAGGAGGCAGGACGGGAGCAGGAGGACGAUGGCACCGGGGAGCGGAGACACGUCGGCUUCGCGGAGGUGCCCUCCCGCCCCAUCGGCACCGAGCGCCACUCGCCCACCUUCCCGCUGGGCACCAGUUAGCUGGCACCAGGCACCGGGCACCGGCCGCCCCUCGGCUGCGACAGCUUCGCCUGUGCCCCUUCCUCACCCCAGCUGCCCCCCUCGCCCGCUGCCUGCCCUGCCUGCGCUUCGUGUGCCGCGCUGUGCCAUGCUGUGCCAGGCUGUGCCAUGCUGUGCCACGCUGUGCCAGGCUGUGCCAUGCUGUGCCACGCUGUGCCGGGCCCCUCUCACGGCCGCAGCUGCCCUCGCCAUGCUUUGGUGCCAGGGGUGCCCAUAGGGCAGGAGCCAGGGUUGGGACCCCCGGGGUGCUGGUGGGAUCUGGGACCCCCACCUUGGCUCCUGCCCCCACGCCCCCAGUUAGAGCAGAGCCCCCCCCCCCGCAAUAAACGGCUGUACAGAGA